CGAGCGAGGGAGCCGAGCCGAGAGAAAGAGCCGCCAGGCGCUGCCUCGCCAGACCUCGUAGGGACCGCGGGGCCACCGGGAGGCACUUUUUGUGGAGAGGGGUGGGGGGCGACCUCGGCAACCGCGGCGCCCGGAGCGACCGAGCGCAGCGUGGGGCAGGCUGCGACCUCUGCCUCGGUGGAUUGUAUUUUAAAUUAAGGCUUCCCAGCAGCUCUUCGGGAUUUUUACAGUUCUACUCAUGUGUUGACACCGCGUUCAGGAGAAACUCGCUCCAAGUGCAUCUAGCGCCUGGGAUCAGAGACGGAGUUGGUCUUACGUGCAUGCAAAUCCAGGGAUUUUGGUUUUGUUUGGGGUUUCUUUUUCUUUUGCCCUUUUACAGGGGGUAAGAAGGGAGCUGAAGUAUCAACAAGCCUGGUUUUCGGAUCCUGCAGGAAAAGCCCAUGUAGUUAAGCGCUUGGGUUUUGGAGGCAGGGCUUCCCAAAGACAUUUGGGGUGUUCGGCGCGAGCGCUUUGUGCUCAUGGACCAGCCGCGCAACUUUUGAAGGUUUGCCGGCCCAUGCGGGAUCCUUCUGGCGGCGCGGCGCCUGCAGCCCCCCUAAAGCGCGGGGGCUGGAGUUGCUGAGCAGGCCAGCCGCCGGGGUCCAUGUAGCCGCUGGCCCGGCGCGGACUGCGGCUUGCCAAGCGCGUGUUCCCGGCCACCCCUGCCCGGCCGUCCCGCGUCGGCGAGCUCCCUCAUGUUGCAGCCCUGCGGCGCCCCUUCGACGACAAGCUGUGCGCGGUUUGCACGGCGCCCCGCGGCGGAGCUUCAUGUGGGGCUGCGGCCCGCGCAGCCGGCGCCUCGCUGAGGGAACGGACCCCCGGUAACCGGAGACCGCCUCCCUCCCACCCCCGGCGCCAAAGGAUAUCGUAUGUUCAGGUCCAAACGCUCGGGGCUGGUGCGGCGACUUUGGCGAAGUCGUGUGGUCCCCGACCGGGAGGAAGACGGCGGCAGCGGCGGCGGCGGCGAAGAGGAUGGGAGCUUGGGCAGCCGAGCUGAGCCGGCCCAGCGGGCACGCGAAGGCGGAGGCUGCAGUCGCUCCGAAAUUCGCCCGGUAGCCCCGCGGCGGCCCCGGGACGCGGUGGGACAGCGAGGCGCCCAGGGCGCUGGGAGGCGUCGGCGCGCAGGGGGCCCCCCGAGGCCCAUGUCGGAGCCGGGGGCUAGCGCUGGGGGCUCCCCGCUGGAAGUGGCGGAGCCGGGAGGCCCGGGCUGGCAGCCCGAGAGUGACUGCGAGACGGUGACCUGCUGUCUGUUCUCGGAGAGAGACGCCGCCGGCGCGCCCCGGGAGGCCGCCGACCCCCUGUCCGGGGCUGCCCUGGAGGCGGCGGGCGGCGGGCAGAGUCGCGAAGCCCGCUCGCGGCUGCUGCUGCUGGAGCAGGAGCUCAAGACGGUCACGUACUCGCUGCUGAAGCGGCUCAAGGAGCGCUCGCUGGACACGCUGCUGGAGGCGGUGGAGUCCCGCGGCGGUGUGCCGGGCGGCUGCGUGCUAGUGCCGCGCGCCGACCUCCGCCUGGGCGGCCAGCCCGCGCCGCCGCAGCUGCUGCUCGGCCGCCUCUUCCGCUGGCCCGACCUGCAGCACGCGGUGGAGCUGAAGCCUCUGUGCGGCUGCCACAGCUUCGCCGCCGCCGCCGCCGACGGCCCAACUGUGUGCUGCAACCCCUACCACUUCAGCCGGCUCUGCGGGCCAGAAUCACCGCCACCUCCCUACUCUCGGCUGUCUCCUUGUGAUGAGUACAAGCCACUGGAUCUGUCUGAUUCCACAUUGUCUUACACUGAAACAGAGGCCACCAACUCCCUCAUCACUGCUCCACGCGAAUUAUCAGACGCCAGCAUGUCUCCCGAUGCCACGAAGCCGAGCCACUGGUGCAGCGUGGCGUACUGGGAGCACCGGACGCGAGUGGGCCGCCUCUACGCGGUGUACGACCAGGCCGUCAGCAUCUUCUAUGACCUACCUCAGGGCAGCGGCUUCUGCCUGGGCCAGCUCAACCUGGAGCAGCGCAGUGAGUCGGUGCAGCGAACGCGCAGCAAGAUCGGCUUCGGCAUCCUGCUCAGCAAGGAGCCCGAUGGCGUGUGGGCCUACAACCGGGGUGAGCACCCCAUCUUUGUCAACUCCCCGACGCUGGACGCGCCCGGCGGCCGCGCCCUCGUCGUGCGUAAGGUGCCACCGGGCUACUCCAUCAAGGUGUUCGACUUUGAGCGUUCGGGUCUGCUCCAGCACGGGCCUGAGCCCGAUGCCGCCGACGGCCCCUACGACCCCAACAGCGUCCGCAUCAGCUUUGCCAAGGGCUGGGGGCCCUGCUACUCCCGGCAGUUCAUCACCUCCUGUCCCUGCUGGCUCGAGAUCCUCCUCAGCAACCACAGAUAGCGGCGGCUGCGGAGGCGACGGCCGUGUGCCCGGGGCCAGGCACGGCGGGCAGCCACCACUGUGUGCCUGCCGCAGGAAGGGCCGCGCCCAGAGACACGGCUCCCGCUGAGGAAACCCCCCAAAUAUCAUCUACCUAGAUUUAAUAUAAAGUUUUAUAUAUUAUAUGGAAAUAUAUAUUAUACUUGUAAUUAUGGAGUCAUUUUUACAAUGUAAUUAUUUAUGUAUGGUGCAAUGUGUGUAUAUGGACAAAACAAGACGCACUUUGGCUUAUAAUUCUUUCAAUACAGAUAUAUUUUCUUUUUCUCCUUCCUCUUCUUUAUUUUUAUUUUUUAAGAAAAUGAUACAGCAGAGCUAGGUGGGAAAGCCUGGGUUUGGUGUAUGGUUUCUGAAAUAUUAAUACCCAGACAAAAAGCUAAUACCAGUCACUCGUUGAUAAUAAAGUAUUUGCAUUAUAGAUUUUUUU